AUUCUCGACGUGUUCCUGGCAGGUCCCAUCAUCGUAUGUCAGAAAACCAUUGAUCGCUGUUGGAUCGACCUUGAAACAAACAUCAUUUAUCUUCUUCAGUCAUUUAUCAAAUAUCUGACGGUGUCAUGCAAGUAACGAACACCCUCAAUUUAACUUCAUUUGUUAAUCAAAACUCAAAUGAUACACAGCACAAAACGUGCCAGUCACAGAGCAGCAUCGAACUAAGCGUUCUUCCUUCGCACUCACUAAAGCAACACGAUGAGGUUAAUGGCAACAUCAGCAGCCAUGAUGAAUGUGUGAAAUCUCUCAAUGCAGCCGAUGCAAAGAUUUUUCCAUGGAUGAAAGAGACGCGAAGUAAACAGAAACAAACAGGAAACACCCCUGGUGGCCAUGAGAGUCAAGAAACUUGUGAUGCUAUCACAGACACAGCACCACGUACCAUUUACACAACCCGUCAACUAGUGGAGUUAGAAAAGGAGUUUCACUAUAACCGAUAUCUAUGUCGACCAAGAAGAAUCGAGAUUGCCCAGUCACUCAAAUUGACGGAGAAGCAAGUAAAGGUUUGGUUCCAGAAUCGUCGCAUGAAGUGGAAAAAAGCAAAUAAACCAGAUAAUAAGGACAAUGUGAAGCAUUUUAGUACUAGACCGUAUGGAAUGGUGCAAGUGAACCCGUCAUCUUUUGAGGAAAUGACAAAAAUUAGUCACUUAGCCAACUGCUUCAACUAUCCAAUCUCAAUAAACUAUAGCGACAAUGUACCAAAUUAUAACUACAAUAACACCACAAUGAACACACAGUUAGUGCUAUGAAUUAAGUCUACUUAUUAAAGUCUUUUAAGCCAGUCGCGCGUGUUUCAAGACCAGAUUUUAAUGAAACAAACACAGCAUUGUUAAACAAUGAAAAGUAUUUAUGACUUAUUGAUACUAUAUACAAGUUUGUAAUAUAUUACACACAUCUUCAAUAUUGAUUAAAAUAUACGUGUGUGUUUUGGCUAAA